UCGGGGCGUGCCUGUGUCUUGUACUCGUAGCUGCUACCGGAUAUCAGUCCCCGCUUACUGACCUCGCCGUGUAGUGAGCCACUCAGGCUGCGGGCCCCGGAGGUGUACGCCACCUGAACGCCACUCGUCAAGCCGCAAGUUCUGUUCGAUGUUCACCGCUACACUCGUUGUCAGCCUCCGUCACUCCCAGCCACCAGUCAGCCGCAAGAUCGUCCAUUUAAGAGCGUGUCGCUGAGCCUGUUCUGUAUUGUUUCUUCUCACUUGCUCGUCUGUGUCCUGCAUGUUCGCCUGCGCCAUAUGUCCCGUCUAGUAUACGCUCAGCUGAUUGUUGGAAUCAACGCAAGCCUAUGUGAUUCUACGUUGCUCGAGGCCACCUCUCGGUCUCAGCUCGCUUGCUUGUCAUUGGUUCCAGGGUCAAGCGCUGCAAGUGUAGCUGCCUCCAUUGGGCCGGCCGAUGUCAAAUGCCGCAACGUAGGCUGCGUCAAGGCGGGAGACGAAGCUAAUGCAAGGGUCAAGCGCUGAAAGGGUCAAGCGCCGCAAGCAGGGGCUGCCUCAACGAGGCCGCCGUCAAGCGCCGCAAGGUUGGCAGCCUCAAGUCGUGGCGGG